GUCACGUGUAAAACGUGCGUCUGAUCUAGCGUCUCUAAACAGCAACGUCGGAGUCUAGGGGAGAGAAUUUUUUAGAAGAAGAAUCCGACAAAGAGGGAUAAAGAAACAAAGUUAGAACUAGAAUAACGCGUGCAACGGACGAAAGAAGGAACUGAAUGUGUAACACAAGCAGCAUUUUCAUUUAUCUCUCCCCUAGAUCUCUCAGGCACACUGACAUUGAUAAUAUCAAACAAUCACCUUAUGCCUCUGAAACCUGCUUUAUAACAACUAAGGGUCGUUUUAUUCUUAGCUUUAACAACCAAACCAGCAAUAGAAAAUAGAUCUUAAUGUUUCCUCAGAUUAGCCAAAAGCAGAUUACAAAAACGUAGAAACACUACAGCCUACACUCCAGUGAGAAAAAAGGUCAAUUUAUCACAAGACUUGUAAGCAAAAAUAUAUAGUAUUCAGUAUCAAACUGCUGGCUGAGUCAUACAGGCGCCUGAUUACACUAACCUAUACAUUUUUAGCUAUUGACCAAUAAAAACAGUUACAAAGCAUUUAUACAUUCCAUAAAAGCUGGCCCUAAUAAAUUAAACAAAUCUAACAGUCAUUGGCAGGCCUAUUUACCCAUCAUGGCCUCCAUCACCCAAUCAUCUGACCCCGAGAUCCCAGACAACCACAAAGAGAGCUGGCUGGCACUACUCGCAGCGGCGGAGGGAUAUUGUCAGAAGUCAGGCUGCGACCUGGCUAUUCUUACAGCCUGUAAGAAGUUCUGGCCAUCUGUAGUGGAGGGAGAUGGGAGGAAAAGGGAGAGUGGCAGUGGCUUGCCUGCCGGAGGCCGGAAGUGGGAUUUCUCCUAUCACGUGUGGGGUCAGGGGGCUUUGGCUGAGUCUUCGCGGCGCUACAUGGACGACAUUGCGGUGCUGCACUCCACGUCUAUGCUAACGGCGCAUAGAUAUAAACGUCUGAGUGCAGUAGACGGAGGAGCUAAGCUGGUAGUGGACAUGCCCACUGACAGGGUGGGCCUAACAGGAGAGGGUGGGGUGGGAACCAUCAGCCCCAAUACCACACUCUAUUCGCAGAGCUACCCUUCAAUCUACCACUCUGGGGCUGUCAUUGGCCAAGCUGCUGGGCAGAAUGGGAAUGGAGAGAGGGAGCGAGAGAUGGCUGUGAUGAUAGAGGAGGCUGGACGAGGGAGAGACAUGCCUGGAAUUGUGGACUUGGAGGAAGAGUGUGAGGAAGAGGAGGACAUGGACGAAAGGAGCCGUAAUCUGAAUGAGACUGCAGGAGUGUUUUCCAUGGAUGAGGACUCGCUGUCUCGUGACUGUGAACCAUUCUUUGAGUCCGAUGGAGAGGAGGAGAGUACUGAUGGCUCGUUAAGUGAGGAUUGUCCUCCUCCCCCGCGCAGCAUGGCCAUGGGACAGUCGUUCUCAUCCCGACACCCCAAACCCAUGAACAUGGCCCGCUCCCUCCCCGUGUCUGUUCCUGUGUGGGGCUUCAAGGGCAACAGACCCCCCCAGGGAGAAGGCCACAGUGGGGAACGGGCUGGCGUAGCUGACCUGGAUCAUAUUGCUGCCAGCAUGAAGGCCCUGUUGGCCCCAGGAGCCAACGACGGAACAGAAAUGUUUGGAGGACUACCUCGCCCUCGCCUCAACACGGGAGACUUCUCCCUCAAACACUGAGAGCCAAAGAAAGUGAGGGAGUGAGAGAAAGUAUGUGGAUGAAAAUAAGCUAAUUGAUUGGCUGGCAGGUGGGCAGUAAAUGAUACUAACAACAGAAAAGUACCCCAGUGUAUUAGCUAAUCACUAACCAAACAUUUGGUAGUAACAACCGUGUACACCAAGAGGAUUAACUGACAUAACAUAUGCUGGUAUACACACUAAGAUAAUUUUCAACACAUUACACCCAUACACAAACACUACAAGACAACUCACUACACGCAACUUAACUUCAAAUGUGCUCAUAGUGACCCACUGUACUGACCAACAUGGACACUAACAUUAUUUGAAAUUAUUCUAACUGACACAGGCGCUGACUCUGUACGUUGUGGGACUUUUCCAAGUAGAACCGUGAAGGAUGGGUCACCCUUCUAGAAAUGGUUGGCUCUAGGGGGCUUUUUAACAUGACGCCUGUAGCUUUUCAAAUUGUGAGUGAAGGGCACUAUGCCUCCAUGAAACACGCCUUUUUGUAUUUCUACCUUGCCAAUGAAUGAAUGAAUGAAUGACUGGUAGAAUGAUUACUGUUACUAUCUGAGAUAUAUUGACACUAUUAUAGUAAUAUACUCCAAAUGUCUUGAAUGAGUGAGUUGGAGAGCGAAAGAAAGCAGUGGAAGCGAACGGAGAUGUAUCCAUCUCCCAACAUUUCAAAAGCAGAUAAAUGUUUAAUUUGAUUACCUGAAUGGUUUAAAUAAACUUAAGGAGCAACAUCAGUGAA